AACAGUCGGCACAAAUUUUUAUCUGCUAACUACAAACAUUUUCCAAGAAGACAAAAAAAAUUAUAAUUAAAUGAAGUUGAUAUCCCUAAACCUAAACCUCUGAGUCUCCAGCACUUAUAAAUAGAGAAUCGGUGUCAGAGAUUCAUCAUCAUCACAAAUCAUCAUCCACAUCACAUAAACACAAAAUCCAAUUUGCAAUGGCGAAAAUCUCCAGUAUUCACAUUAUCUUCUUCGUGUUCAUCACAAGUGGCAUUGCUGAUUCCGCCACCGUGUUCACUUUACUGAACAGUUGUCCUUACACCGUCUGGCCGGGAACUCUCUCCGGCAACAGCGUCACCCUCGGCGACGGCGGAUUUCCCUUGACUCCAGGCGCUUCCGUACAGCUCACGGCUCCUACGGGAUGGUCAGGCCGGUUCUGGGCUCGUACCGGCUGCAACUUUGAUGCCUCCGGCCACGGUACCUGCGUCACCGGAGACUGCGGCGGCGUUCUAAAAUGUACCGGCGGCGGAGUUCCUCCAGCGACUCUAGCCGAAUUCACCGUCGGAUCAAGCAAUGCCGGCAUGGAUUUCUACGACGUGAGCCUCGUCGACGGAUACAAUGUCAAGAUGGGGAUCAAACCACAAGGAGGAUUCGGAAAUUGCAAAUACGCAGGCUGCGUCUCCGACAUCAACGAGAUUUGCCCUAGCGAGCUUAGGAUCAUGGAUCCGAAUUCAGGAAGUAUCGCCGCGUGCAAGAGCGCUUGUGCGGCGUUUAAUUCGCCGGAAUUUUGCUGUACUGGUGCUCACGCGACGCCGCAAACUUGUUCUCCGACGUAUUACUCGUCCAUGUUUAAGAACGCUUGCCCUAGCGCUUAUAGUUACGCUUACGACGACGCUUCGAGCACUUUCACUUGUACCGGAUCUAACUACUUGAUCACUUUCUGCCCUACCCAGUCUUAAACCGGAGCUCCGGUUUAGAAUUGGGUUGGGUUUCUCUCUCUCACGUUUCUUUUGCUUGUUAUGUACGGAAAGAGAAAUAAAGAAAAGGUGAUGAGUGAUGAAUAUAAAUCAUCUUCUUCCAUUUUUUCAAGUU